CGGAGAGUAGCUGCCAGUCGCCAGCGCAGUUCUACUCGGCAGGCGGAAUCGGUCAGACGCGCCGCCUUAGAUCGCGAGCCGCCUUUCUUUCUCUCUUCGAGUGAUCAAUUUUCCUCCCCUAUAAAUCGUAUAUACAAUCGAGUGUCGCUCGGCUGCAGGACCAGUGGAUUCGAAUUCAGUGCAGUUUCCCACGACACAUGCGCAACACUGCCGGCAGCGAAUAACCUGGCGUGUAGGAGUCGAUCAGUCAACCGGUGAUCCCGAGUCCGAGCAGCCCAGAAUGGAGGUCCUCAUGCACGAGGCCAGCAGCCAGAGCGGCACCUCGGUGGUCGUUCCUGUCCCAAAAGCGCAGCAACAACAGCCCCAGCAACAUCUGCCAACAUGUUGCGCCCCUAGACCGGGUGUGCAGCUCACGACGAUCGGUUUCGAGCAGCAGAUCGUCAGCGAGAAAAACGGCGCGAGCUUCACGAAGAGCAAGAACGAAGAGACCAUGGACGUCUCCUUCGAGAAUAUUACGUACACGGUUUACCUGGGAAUGAGAAAAGGUACCAAGGAGAUUCUCCACGGCCUCAACGGUCGUCUUCCAGCCAAACAACUGGUCGCCCUGAUGGGCCCGUCGGGCGCCGGUAAAUCCACCCUCCUGGACGUGCUUUCGGGCUUUCGCAUCACCGGCGUCCAAGGCAACGUCUACGUAAACGGCCGAGUCCGUGACUUGGACUCCUUCCGAAGGUCCAGUGCUUACAUUACACAGGACGACCGACUGCAGCCGUUGCUGACCGUCAUGGAGAACAUGCGCGUCGCUGCCGAUUUGAAACUCGGUACCGAAACACCGAGACACCAGAAGGAGACGAUCAUCGAGGAGAUCCUGUCGACCCUCGGGCUGUACGAGCACAUGAACACGUCGGCGGGUCGACUAAGUGGAGGCCAAAAGAAGCGUCUCAGUAUAGCCCUGGAACUCGUCAACCAUCCGACGGUCCUCUUCCUCGACGAGCCUACGACCGGACUCGACAGCUCAUCGUGUAUGCAGGUCUGCAACCUGUUGAAGCUUCUGGCGCAUCAGGGAAGGACGAUAAUCUGUACCAUCCAUCAGCCCAGUGCCACGAUCUUCCAGCUUUUCGACCAGGUGUACGUGCUGGCGAAAGGCGAAUGCCUUUAUCAAGGAGCGACGCGCAAUCUCGUGCCAUAUUUGGAGAACGUCAAGCUUCCGUGUCCCAUGUACCACAACCCGGCUGAUUACAUUAUCGAACUUGCUUGCGGCGAGUACGGCGAUGACAAAAUCGAGACCCUCAUCCAGGGAUCGGAAAACGGCCGAAGCCUCAAGUGGUUCGACCUUCCCAGUGCGCUUUUGGACGGGAAAUCGCUUAGAGGUACGUCUUCGCUCCCUUUUUCAAAUAAAAAUAACUAUUUCAACGCGAAUCGAUUACAAAAAAAAAAUACAUCGUUCAAUUUUUCAGCGUUGAAUCCGCUGCAAGCUUCCAAAAAGAAAUCCGCCAGAGGAGCCCAAGCCACGUCGCAGGGCCAUCAAAUAAAGAUCCUAAUGAAACGGGGCUGGAUCAAAGUCAAACGAGACGCCACACUGACGCAUCUCCGGAUAAUGGUGAACAUAUGCACGGGACUGAUGCUGGGCUCGCUGUUUAUCGCCGCCGGAAACGACGCGGACCGAAUCAUCGAAAACUACAAUCUCUUGUUUGCCUGUCUCAUUCACCACAUGAUGACCACCAUGAUGUUGACCGUCUUGACGUUCCCGGCAGAGAUGAGCAUCCUGCAGAAGGAGCACUUCAACAGGUGGUACAGCUUGAAGGCGUACUAUACGUCGGUGACGCUGGUGGACAUACCGGUGACGUUCCUCUGCUGUUUCCUCUUCACGGCGAUAGUCUACUUCAUGUCGGAGCAGCCCCUCGAGCUGGUUAGGUUCUCCAUGUUCUUCAGCAUCAGUCUCAUGGUGGUCUUCGUCGCUCAGAGCUUCGGCUUCAUGAUCGGCGCCUGCUUCAACGUCGUGAAUGGAACGUUCCUGGCGCCUACGCUCUCGGUGCCGAUGAUGAUGUUCGCCGGUUUCGGAGUUUCCCUACGCGAUCUUCCCGGCUACCUGCGAUGGGGAACUUACAUCAGUUACCUGAGAUAUGGCCUCGAAGGCUACGUGAACGCAAUCUACGGACUAAACAGGCCUGUGCUCGAGUGCCACAACGACAUGGAUGAUCCGCCCCUGGACUUCUGUUACUACAAAAACCCGAGCAAGUUCGUCAAGGAAGUGAUCGCCAUGGACGUUGAUCGAUUCUGGUGGGACUUGGGCUCGCUCAUCUUCAUCGUCUUCUUCAUGAGGAUCUUCGCCUACUUCCUACUUCGCUGGAGGCUCAUGUCCUCGAGAUAAACAUAGGCUGUUUUAUUUUUGGAGAACGCGCGUUUCUUGACUUUUGAUCCGAGUCUUCCGAAAAAGUCGCUACUCUGGAAUUGCUUGUAAAAAAGAAACAAGUAAAAGCAACCGUAGCGCGUCGAGGAGGGAGAGAUUUUGUAUGCUUGCAAUUAUAAAGAUACGUAUACUGAGAGAGAAAUUUUGAAUCGAGUGCCAGCAUAUGGAGUAAUAGCUCGGAAAAGCCCGAGUGUCUUAGUUCCUAUAUGUGUAAUACGUGAAUGCCGAGUGAGAAUUCACACAGAGCUUUCGUCCUAUACACGAGUCUUUUUCGUUCUGAAUUACAGUUGUCCUUUGCAAAAAACGUUAUUGUACUUAUACGGGGAUUCGUCGAAACGAUUCGUAAAUUACUGGUUUUUUUUUUCAUCUAGAAAGUAGACUAGUCAGCAACCUUAUUGAUGUCGAAAUAAGAAUAAUGUGCUAAAAAAAAGAACGAUGUUUUAAAUAAAAUUACUCAUUGGACUUCGUUCAGAAUCUUCUGUCUCAGUGUAGCAUUUUUACAAUCUAGUGUAGCAAUAUAAGCAUUGUUGUUGAUUAGCGACAAACAAAAUCCAAUUAGUCCGUAAGCGAUAUGAGCUUCAUAUGAGCAAUGCAAGGACAUAAAUUGCAUGUAGUUUUACGACAUUGUACAGAGAGAUGAUUGAGCGAAUGAUUUCACUCAAGAUGAUCACACGUCGAGCUUUUGAAUGCAGAGGUUUAUAUAUAUAUAUAUAUAUAUAUAUAUAUAUAUAUAUAUAUAUUUUUUUUAUAAAUCAUCGUAGUCUGUAUGGACACAGUUGCGGUUGUUGUGUAUAACGACCUCGAGUCUUUACCCAUUUUCUUAUUCAUUAUUAUUAUUAUUAUUAUUACUUAAAUGUAUAACUUUCGUGAAGAUGUCAAUGACGCGGAGGGAGAGGAAAAAGUGACGGCGGGGCGAUGUUGAUGCAAGCGCGCGUCGCUGUUUUUUUCUUCUUUUUAUCAUCAGGACUGAUUGUAAAUUUUCUUGUAAGCGCAAUUAAGGCGAUUUAUUGUUAAUUUUUUUUUUUUUGUUCUUAUUUAUUAUCUACGCGCGAUGAUGAUAUAUAGGCUUUGUCUCGGCGACCAGUACCUUUUAUAAAUACACGCGCAAACACACACACAUGUAUAUGCAUAUACCCGAACAAAAAAUUGUCUUGUCGAGAUAAGAAAAAACAUGUGAAAAUAUGCAAUUAUAUAUGUGCGAUAGAGUAUAAAUACACUUGUGUUAUUAGAAA